AUGCUACACUUGUCUCUCUCUCUCUCUCAUUCAAUUUAUAUCUCUCUUUCUCUCUUUUUAAUCUCAUAUUCUACACUUACUUCUCGCUGUUUUACGCGUUCUCUCUCUUUAUUUCGCUUUCCCAAUUCAUUUCUCCCCUUUCUUUUCAUUUUCUUUAUUUGUCUUUCUUUUCCUCUUUUUCUCUUUCCUUCUCGCCUUUUUUCUCUUCUUCUCAUUCUCAUUCUGCCCCACUUCCUCUUUUAUUCAAUUUCUAUCUCUUUCUUUUCCAAUCUCUUAUGCUACACUUGUCUCUCUCUCUCUCAUUCAAUUUAUAUCUCUCUUUCUCUCUUUUUAAUCUCAUAUUCUACACUUACUUCUCGCUGUUUUACGCGUUCUCUCUCUUUAUUUCGCUUUCCCAAUUCAUUUCUCCCCUUUCUUUUCAUUUUCUUUAUUUGUCUUUCUUUUCCUCUUUUUCUCUUUCCUUCUCGCCUUUUUUCUCUUCUUCUCAUUCUCAUUCUGCCCCACUUCCUCUUUUAUUCAAUUUCUAUCUCUUUCUUUUCCAAUCUCUUUUUACACUUGUCUCUCUCUCUCUCAUUCAAUUUAUAUCUCUUUUCUCUUUUUUAA